AUACGUGGUCCUGACCACCAAGCACCACGAGGGCUUCACCAACUGGGGGUCACCAGUGUCCUGGAACUGGAAUUCUGUGGAUACAGGGCCCCACCGGGACCUGGUGGGAGAGCUGGGAGAGGCCCUCAGGGAGAGCAACCUCCGUUAUGGGCUGUAUCACUCCCUGAUGGAGUGGUUUAACCCUCUCUACCUCGCUGACAAACAAAAUGACUUCAAGACCCAGAGCUUUGUUUUAAAGAAGACGAUGCCAGAACUUUAUGAUCUUGUCUUAAAAUACAAACCAGACCUGAUCUGGUCGGAUGGGGACUGGGAAGCUCCAGAUUCCUACUGGAAUUCCACCUCUUUCCUUGCCUGGCUCUACAACGACAGCCCUGUCAAGGACACCGUGGUUGUCAAUGACCGCUGGGGUCGGGGCUGCUCCUGCCGCCACGGGGGUUUCUACAACUGUGCUGACAAGUUCAGGCCGGGCACGCUGCCCGAGCACAAGUGGGAGAUGUGCUCCUCCCUGGACAGCCUCUCCUGGGGCUACCGCAGCAACAUGAGCCUGCCCGAGGUGAUGGAUGAAACGAGCAUGAUCCAGGAGCUGGUGCAGACUGUGAGUUUGGGUGGCAACUACCUCCUCAAUGUGGGGCCUACAAAAGAAGGGGUGAUUGUCCCCAUCUUCCAAGAGAGACUCCUGGCCCUUGGGAGGUGGCUGGGCACCAAUGGGGAGGCGAUUUAUGAGUCCCAGCCUUGGAGGGUGCAGAUGGAGAACACCACAGACACUGUCUGGUACACCUCCAAGGGACCCGUGGUCUUUGCCAUCUUCCUGCUCUGGCCUCGGGACAAUGUCCUGCACCUGUCCUCACCCAUUGCAUCCCCAGGCACACAG